GAAAGUUGUACAAGGCCGAAUGUUCAAGUUGUAAGGUUUGAGGCUAUGUUAAUCAAAAUGUUUGCCCAAAGAAUAUGCUCAAAUUUAGUUAAAAAUAAUUUACAAAAACAAUUCUAUCAUAUUGCAAAGCAUCCAAUAACGAUAACACCAUGCUUAAUAAAUAAUUGUAUUGCCAUACAAUGUCCGUCAAAGCCUGUGGUUCAGUUUACAACUCCAUCAAGAUUCUAUGCAAAAGGCAAAGACAAAAAGAAAGAUAAAUCUAAAACUAAAGUUCAGGUCAAUGAGCAACAACUAGGUGAAGUCUUAAACAUUGAUUCUUACAAAACCAGCUUGCAGAAAGCACUUGACACAAUGAAAGAUGAUUUUACAAAGAAUUUAUCACUCAGAUCAACUACAGGGUCCAUUGAAUCAAUUCAGGUCCAGGUUGAUGGGAAAGAUCAUUCACUGCAAGAAUUGGCACAGAUUGUUAGAAAGAAUCCAAAAACUAUUGUUGUGAACAUGGCAGUCUUCCCACAAGCUAUUCCUGCUGUGUUAAAGGCUCUACAAAAGAGUGGGAUGAAUCUUAAUCCACAGCAGGAGGGAACAACUUUAUAUAUACCUGUUCCAAAAGUAACCAAAGAGCACAGAGAAAAUUUAUCUAAGAAUGCAAAGGCAUUGUUUAUCAAGUGCAGGGACGCAAUGAAAGACGCACAGAAUAAACAAUCCAGAAACAUUAAGAAAAAUGAUGGGGUAUCUCAGGAUUUGGCUAGAAGUCUAGAACAACAAGUUAUUCAAAUUGCUAAUGAGUUUGUCAAAGAUGCAGAGAAGAUUUUAGAAACUAAACAAGCUGAAUUAGUUGGCAAGGAAUAAAAUAAUUUGGUAAUAAUGCAUUUGUAAAAAUAUAUGACUAGUACAAAUAGAAUAACAGAAAAAUCUAGCUGAAAA